AUGGUCUGUGCAGGGCUGAUUGGCAGCCACGGCGGCCACCGCACGGCCGGCGGCUACGCCCUCGUGGUGCUGGCGGUGGCGGGCGUCGCGCUGGGACUGCGGAUCCUCCUCUUCGGCCUCGCCCGAUGGCUACAGCGGAGGCGGCAGGCGGCGGAGGGGCGGCGGUGCUUGGGCGGCGGCGUCUCAGCGGUGACCUGCGCUGCCGACGGAUGCCCUCUUUGCAGGUGCAACCCGCUGCCCAUUUUACCGAGUCCCCCCCGCUUCCCUCCCUCCUGGAAUAGAUGA